UGAUUGUAUCGAGGUGUGCUCUGGAAAGCAUUUCUACCAAAUCAACGAGCCAAGUCCGCGAAAACUGAUUGCGUGUAUUCGAGGAGUGCGUUCUCUCGGCGAUGAGGAUCGAUGCGGUUUCCGUGGUAACGGCGCCGUCAGAGAGGUCGGAGUCGCGGAUGGUGGUAGACAAAGAGCAUCGAGCACAAAACUGAUGCAGUAACGACACCGCCGUCGCCAAAGAACACAUCUUUUACAUUUUCUGUCGCGUGUGCGUGCAUCCGUGUGCUUCGUCAUUCCUCACCAACAUUCCGCCUGCACGACGUCGCUUCAAGACGACAAGCAACAUGCGGAGGCAGCCGAUCCUCCGCACAAGAACAACGAUAAAAAACUCGAUCGCGAGAGCGAUCAGAGGAAUAUGUACAAGAAACCAUUGCGAUCAGAAUCGGGGAUCCGUUUGUUGCAAAAAUGGAGCGACAUGCCGCAGCAUUUGCAGUUCAAUCCUCAUAUCCGCACUGGAUAUAGGCCCCUCAUGACCGUGGCCCAGUGUCUCGGCAGUUUGUUUUACAUCCACAAUGAAACUGUCAAUAUCUUGACACAUGGAUUUGCCAUUUUAUACAUGUUAUUGACUAUUCCUCAACUUCUUCCAUGGAAUACCAAAGGUAUCUUCCUAGCAAUUUUAUCUUGGUGCCAUUUAAUCGGUGCUGUAAGUCCCUGGAUUGGAUCAUUUAUUUAUCAUCUUUUUAUGAAUUUAAACUACGAUGAAAUCUUCUACAAAUCGUUAUUGAAAUUAGACAUGAUCGGUAUAUGGCUAUGCCAAAGUUUUGGAGCAAUACCUAUGAUAGCAGCAACAAUCCAUUGUUUAUGUGAUAUUUAUUGGUACAGCUGUAUGUUUAUCUAUUGUUUCCUUAGUAUAUGGGGACUUUUUAAGGCAAUGAAUGCGCAGUCACCGUGGGAAAGAAGAUUAUGUUUUGCACCUCUUUUUCUCAUGAGAAUGUUAGUACUGAUUCUACGAUGUUUCAACAUUGGCGGUGGUUCUCCAGAUGCUUUACUUCAUAUUGUACUACAGGACCUCAUAGCGAUUGUGGGAGCAACUAUAGGUGCCAUGCGUAUUCCUGAAAAAUGGAUACCAGGCAAAUUGGAUCUGAUAUUGAAUUCUCAUAAUUUAAUGCAUGUGCUGGUUGUCUUGGCGGUUUGUUCGAUGCAUGCUGCAACUCUGCAAGAUCUCACUUGGAUAAUCAACUCGUCUGCGUGCAAUGAAACGAUCUUCGUUCAAUUAAAGCACGAUGAACUGUGAUGAAAUGACAUAUAUAAACAUAUUUUAAUGAAGUCUGUGAUAAAACAAGCCUAUGCAACCGGUUAUUUUGUUCAAACAACAAAAAUAUUUCAUGACCAUAAAGUAUAUAUCUUUCUAAUUAGUUAUAAAAAUAAAAGAAUAUGCAUAUAUAUAUAUAUAUAUAUAAGUACCAAAAUUUAAUGAUAAUAAAAAAUAAGCAAUAUUCAUAUACGUGGAACAAUAGAAGUACAAGUAUAAGUACAAAAUUUAACUUGUGAUAUCACAGAGAAUAUCAUAAAUAAAUAAUGUUCACUUUGAUUUGAAUGUUAAUUCGAAUUCCAUUCUAAAAUGCAAAAAAACAUUAUUCUUUAAAUAGAAUAAACUAGAAUAAGCACAUCAAAAAUACGUUUAUUAUUGAUUAUAAGACUUAAAGAUCCAUAGUAAUUUACAAGAUGUGUUCCCAGACAUUCGUUUCUUUGAUUUGAAUACACAUCACUUUACAAUAUUAAUACCAUUCGUAAAAACGAACAAAAUUGUUCCAAAAUAUUAAUUAGAAUUCAUUUAAUUCCAUAGGGGUUUCAAAUAUUCAUACAUAAAUUCAUUGCUUAUAUAUAAAGGAAUCAAGAUAUAGGAGUAUACGAUAGAUUCAUUUACAUUUGAAAUUACACACACAGAUGCAUAAAUUGAUCUGUUAUCCAAUCGAUAAAUUUUAUAUUAAAAAAUAAAUUU